UAAGGAAUAAAAUGAGUAUAUAGUAUAUAUAUCUAUAUAUAUACAUUCAUAUAUAAUGGUAUAUAUAAUUAAAUAUAUAAAUGGACUGGAAUAUGAUUGCAAAUUUAUAAAUAACAAUGUAUUAUUUAAAUAAAUGCUAUAUCAUGUAAGGCAACAAAAUUUAGUUAUUGUAUAACUAAACCUUAUAACAACAAAUAUUCAUUAAUUGUACAAGGCGUUAAGAAAUUCUACAUAUGUCACGACUAUUAUGACAAGAUUCUACAAAUUUAAUAUUAAUAUAAAUUGGUUAAAUCGCAUUAUUGAAACAUCAGCCACAUUGUAAGUUAUCACAAUAAUUAGAUGACAUAUUAGUGAUUUUUUGGGUUUCAAUAUCUUCAUUGGUGCAUUGUGCUUUAUUCUGAAGUUUCGUGAAUAUUGCAGUUCACUUUAUCAAGGAAUUAUUAUUACCUUCGUCCACCUUUUUGGCUACCUGUGUACGUUUAUCGAACUUUAUCUGUCAGAUCUCCCUCUCGAAGAUCAGCUUUUCAGUCGUCCUUUGUAACAUAGAAUAUAAUAUUGCACUUUCCAGUAUUAGUUUUCUAUACCAAACUUUUGCAUUUUCUUCAAGUUAUAAGAAGUCUGAUUUAAUAUGCAGUUGCAUGUCGCGCAUUUGCUUCUGCUCUUUUCCGUGGAAACCAGUAGUUGCAACAAAGUUGGAAUUAUAUUUUGAGCAACAUUCCCUUCUUCUAUCCCCUAGUUCUUCUACCAGCAAGCCUGCAAUCGUUGUGAUAUUAUUUGCAAUAUUCAUGCGGACCCUGGGAAUCCGAAACAAAUGGCUGUCACUCGUGGAUAAUUUGCGUAUGUUUCUGCAUGAUUUUCACGGAACGUUCAGUUUAUCGUGAGACUGCAUGUAAGUAAGGCUGCUGCAAUCUCUGACCCGUUGUAAAUUUAUUAACGGUGAUAGUGAUGCAUGCGUGUGGUAAUUACGUGUCAAGUGUUUGUAUAUAAGAAGGAACCCCAAAAUAGUUUGAGCAAGCGGAUAUAGUUAAUUUUAUGUGAAAUGAUAUUAAACACGAUUAGUCCGUCUGUUAAAUUUGGCCUUCAUUUUUGUGGUGUCUGGCCUGGAACACCAUUUCAAUUCAUACAUAAGUUAUGUUGGGUGAUAGCGAUAAUUACGCUUCAGAUUUAUCAAUACAAGUAUAUCGUUAUACAUUAUAACACCGAUACUCUUAUGAACAUAGCAGAAAAUUUGAGCAUCGCCGUGCCUUUCAGUUUAGUGUUUAUCAAACUAUUUGUUACUUGGACGAAUUAUGGCUUGUUUUGCGAUAUUUUAUCUACCAUGGAAGAGGACUGCCAGAAAUAUGCUAAUAUAGAUAUAAAUAAUCUGGUAACAAAAACCGGGGUGUUCUCCUUUUAUGUAACUAGCAUGAUCAUGUCCUCGUAUCUGGUGUCUGCGGUUUCUUAUCUUGGCGGCGCUAUUGCAUUUCAAGGAACGAACGAUUCAAUGUCUCGAGAGCUUCUAUUGAAAAUGGACUUACCAUUCGAGACGAGUGAAUCCCCGAAUUACGAACUUGUGGUUACUACACAAUUUAUUAUUCACUUCUCAGCUGCCCUUGCGUUCGGAACGUUCACUGCCCUGCUUUUCAUGAUGAUAGUGCACGUAGGGUGUCAAAUCGACAUAAUGUGCCAGAAUCUAACAUAUGCUUUUCCUACAAAUGAAAACAAGUUAAAAUUUUUUAUUGGUAGAUAUCAAGAAAUCAUUGCUUUUGCAGAAAAAAUUGAGAAACUUUUUACGUAUAUAGCUCUUAGUCAACUUGUAUCAAAUACAGUUAAUACUUGCUGCGAAGGAUUCCUCAUUGUACUUGCUGUAAACGAUGAAAAUGGACUUGCUAUUGCUAUACUCAUCAAAUCUGUUGUAUUUUAUAUAGUUAUUUGCUUAGAAGUUUUCAUAUAUUGUUUCUCUGGAGAAUAUCUUCGCAUUAAGAGCCAAUUAAUCGGCGACACAGCGUACAAUAUGCUUUGGUACGAUUUACGUCCAAACAAGAGCCGACUUCUGAUACCUGUUAUAUUAAGGUCUCAAAGAGGUUUCACAUUGACUUUCGGAAAAUUCUCAAAUCUUUCUCUGGAAAGCUUCACAGGCAUUAUGAAGGUUUCAGCGUCAUAUAUGUCGGUACUUCUGGCAUUAUACUGAAAAAUACAAAUGGUAACUUCGAUGUGGAAUUAUCGUGUCAAGUGUACAAAUGAUUUAACACUAGCUAUUGUUAACUGGAUUAUUAUACAAAGAAUUACAAACAGAAGAGGAAUAUCAUUGUUGUAUUAAUAAUGAAAAAUAAAUAGUAUAUAUAGAAUAAAUAUUAAUAAAAAUUGAAUUAAAAAAGGCAAAUUAAAUUUAUCUCCUGACGUCAAUAAUUUUAUUAUUUGCAAUUGUUAUUUAUGUUAUAAUAUGCCUAAGAUAUGUAUCAUUUAUCUCGUUUUCAAAUUUAUCUCAUUACGCUACGAUGCAAUUUUUCAUUUAUUAUAUUUUGUUAACGCCGUUUGUUCAGUUUUAAGAACUGAACUACUUGUUAUAUCAUUUCUCAUAUUAUAUACUUACAGUUACAUAUUACUCUUCCGGCUGAUCAAAAGCUGUGACCGUUUGACAAGAAAUCUGAACAUUAAGAUCAUAUUAUGCAUUAGAACCUUUCGAAGAGAGAUCUUUGCAACAACGUCACAUCUUUUUCCCGCAGUGGCAAUGAAUUUUUUAUUAACAAUUGCCUGCACAGGAUUCACGAACCAUUACAACACUUUGCAACAGAAACACAACAACAUCAUUUAACACGGUAUAUAAAAUACACGUAUUUACUAAUUUCGCUGAAUGCGUAAUAUGUGUCUAUAAAAUUGCGACGAGUCAGCGGGUAUAGAUGUAAGUUCGUAAACAACGAAUUUCCGUAUAGCUAACAUUGUACUUUUUAUGACGUGGUAGAGGGCGUGAACGUUUUUUAACUUCUCUUUUCUAUUUUCAUUUAUUUUUUCAAGUGUAUGAAGAUCGGUAGUUUGAGUUGGUAGGAUUAGCUUGUUUCUAUUUUAAAUGAUUAGAAAUUACCAUUGUGUUGAUUUAAGUUUUGUAAUUAACCUCUGAGAAAAAUAAUUAUCUUUUAACACUUUGUGAUAAAAUGUGCGAGGGAGCGUCUGUUUUUAAAGCAAAAAUUUUUAAAGACAGUUUGUUGGUUGAAAAGACGCCGAUAAAAUCACAUACAGUUAUUUAUUUUUCUGAUCGCGUUUAUAACAAUACCAGCAAUAUCAUCUUCCAUACCUAAGGUUUUUUCACAAUUCAUAAAUUAAAUGAAAGAUUAUGUGGACAAAAUCAGUGCCAAAUAAUUCGUACUUGUAUAGAAUCGCUCGUGUAUGAAAUAUCUAAUAUGCUGUAAAUAUAUAUCACACAGUGGUAUAAGUGUAUUUAUAUGUAUAUUGAACAUAUCUUACCUCUGUUGAAAAACUAAUUUAUCUUCUUCUUAUAAUACAAUAGAGUUGUAUAAAAU